AUGGCUGACUCAGAGCUUGAAGAGAUUCGAAGGGCGCGGCUCGCGCAGUUGCAACAGCAAGGAGGGGCAAGCGGUGGACCUGGCCAGGAAGAUAAACAAAGGCAGCAGGAAGCGGAUGCCCGUCAGGCAAUACUUUCCCAAAUCCUUCUACCCGAGGCUGCAGACCGCUUGAACCGUAUUCGCAUGGUGAAAGAAUCCCGCGCUACAGAUGUUGAGAAUAGAUUGAUAAUGCUAGCUCGAACGGGGCAACUGAGAGCAAAGGUCACAGAAGACCAGUUAAAAGAGCUUCUCAACGCCGUGGCUGGAAAUAAAGAGGAGGAGAAGAUUAUCAUUAGCCGCCGAAAAGGUGGAUGGGAUGAUGAUGAUGACUUGCUGGAUCUUUGA